AUGGUUGCAGGCAGGAAUGAUGAUGCUAUUGCUGAGGCGUUGAGGAUGUUGGCUGGCUCCAUUGGUCAGAUUCCUCAAGCGAAUGCUGGUAACCGAAAUGGAGAUGAUGAUGAGUACUGUGCUUUAGGCAGAUUCCAGAGGAACAAUCCUCCUGUUUUUGAAGGUGAACAUGAACCUGAUAAAGCUCAAGCUUGGCUGAAGGCGAUUGAGAAGAUCUUCAGAGUUAUGAACUGUACUGAUGCUCAGAGAGUGCAUUUUGGUACUCAUAUGCUGGAAAAGGAAGCUGAAGAUUGGUGGAACAACACUCUUCAAAGGUUUGAAGAAGAUGGCAUUGAGGUUACUUGGGAUCUUUUUCGUGAUGUCUUCUUGGAGAACUAUUUUCCUGAAGAUUGUCGUGGGAAGAAAGAGGUGGAGUUCCUUGAGUUGAAGCAAGGAAAUGGUACCGUUGCUGUUUAUGCUGCUAAGUUUCAGGAGCUUAUCAAGUAUUGCCCCCACUAUAAUACUGCUAAUGCCAAGAGAUCUAAAUGUUUGAAGUUUGGUCAUAAAGCUGCUGAGUGCAAGAAAGAGGUUACUACUUGUUUCAAGUGUGGCAAGUAUGGUCACAUAGCUACUAAUUGUAGAGGUUGUUCGAAUGUGACUUGUUUCAACUGUGGAGAGAAAGGCCACGUUAGUACAAAAUGUGACAAGCCAAAGAAGGAGCAAGCAAAAGGAAAAGUGUUCGCAUUGUCUGGUGCAGGAGCCACUACUGAUGAGAGGCUAAUUCAAGGAUUGGGAGGUGUUCUAACGCAAAAGGGACAAGUUAUAGCUUAUGCUUAA